CACAGUCCCAGACCGACCCCUUGCCAUAUAUAGCUCAUGAGUAAGGCAGGGUAUACAUAAACAGAUCAGCUGCUGAGAGUCGAGAAGUUGAUUAAUGGAUAGUAUGUAAACCCAUUGCGCCCGCGAUGCAUGCACAACACCCUAUUCUCUUUUUACUUUUUUGUGCGUGUAUCAAUAUAGUAAUAUGAUGUAUUCCCUUCUCCGUUAAAACCAACAGAAUUAUAGUGGCAUGUGGAUGGAUCCACUUUGACAGAGAGUACAUAUAAAUGUGUAGAAGGGUAAUCCAGACGAUUCUAAGGAUUGCACGGCUCAAAUCUCUCGGCUGAUCACAUACAUGGUUCGCAGAAUGUACUAGGCUUUUCUAAUUUUAUCCUGUAUCUGUAUUGGGGUUCCUCUUCUUACUGUGGACUCUCAAAUAUUACUUGUGAUCAAGCUGAGGACGAGGAAGAGGAGGUCGGCAAUUCAUCGAAGUCGACUGGUCGGUAAAGAAUGUAAGUAAUACUUUGCCCUUAUAAUAUCCUCCUCAAUCAUCCCACUUACAGCAAUCCGACCUGGUUGUCCACUCUGAACACGACCUGGGGCUAUUCGGGACCUUUGAGGUGCUGAAUAUAAAUAAGAUCCACUCUCGGAAAGGGCGUCACUAUAAAUAUCUAGCGCGCAUACCUCCUCACAAGAGCUAGUAGUAAUGUUCUCAAUAAGGCUGACCUAGGUUGGCCCUAGUCUCGCUUAUCUGCUAUUCAGCCGGUGCAUUCGCCUAUUACCUGGACUUGUGUAUUGAUUCCUUCGAGCAUCAAUCUCUAAUCAACGUUACGCCUUGUUUUGGCAACAGGAUGAUGCCUUCAGCUCACACUAUCCGGUCCGCCAUGACAGAGUGGCCGGGUUUCUUGGGUAAAGGCGUCUAGCUGUCGCACUGCAUCUUCCAGAACCGAGCCCGUGGUGUGGAUUAUGUACAUGUUUCCUUCAACAUAAAUCUAAUUUAUUAUUUAUGUACACCCUUUUCAGCAGUUUCCUGAAAAAUUCUCCCUCAAUACUCACAACUUGAACAUCGCCUGAGUCUCCCAAUACCUAAGCUACUCCCGAGCGGCCUUCUCGAAGGACUUUAUUAUAGGCGCAACACCACUUCCUUCCAUUUCUCUCUUCUUUUCUUUUCUCUUCUUGUGCUUCCACCACCAGUAACACCGCCUCCAGAUAUAUCUGUCCCACAUAUCUAUCACAACUAAUCACGAUCCUUAUCCAUCAUUCAUUAUACUCCAACGCUUGUUGAUAGCUGGUUGGCUCUCCAAGCUUGUAUUUCUCGAGGAUUAAUCGACAUCCGCCAAUUCACGCUUAUAACACCCAGAGGAUUAACCAUUAUUCCAAUUUCCUCCACGGUAGAUCUCGGCUUGACCGUCGAAAUGGCUGAUGCCGUCUCGCUGUGUCAUCUCCCAUCUUCCUUCGACUAUUCCGCCCCGUCCUACCCUUCGCACCUCCAACCUGCCACUCUAACUGAGCUGGACACCCGCGGCGAGACGCCAAGCGGAUUUGAUGAGAGUAACUGUAGUAGUCAGUCCUCGGUGGAAGAGGCUGGCUUGACUUCCGAGCCUUCAGCGGAUAUCUCACGCCACACCAUUCACGUCAUAUCUAAUUCUCCAGACAGUGGAAGUCAGACCUCGUCGCUUGAUUCUUCAUCUCCCCAGCCCCUACGAUGCAUAACAGCUACUCCUCUUACAGCCUCACGAGCAGAUUCCUGUGAGAUUCCCUCUCAUUUGGGCUCACCGGUUGCUCUGACAGAUCCCGAGGGGUCUGCCGCUGGCUCGUCUUUCCCCCUAUUGUGUUCCUCGCCAAUUCAGGAGACUUUCGAUCUAACAGCGGAGCGGCCACUAGUGUCCAACCGCCGUUCCCGCUGGCUCAGCACCGGAAAUCGCUCACCGGCCAUUCAAGAGCUAGGCCUCGAAUUUGAGAGCAUGGAACAUGCGCUAUCAACCAUGCCGGGCUUUAAAGGCCACCAUGCCUCCAAGUCCACCACUACCACCACCGCCACUACCACCACUACAGGGAGUCGUCUGAAGCAGGGCGACCCUUCACUCUCCAGAUUGAAGAGCACAAUGUUUUCAUCUAUGAACAAGUCUGAACCAAACCUCGCCAAUCCUGAGGGCGGGAGAUCGCUUCCAGCCUACGAUAUCCUCCCCGGCUCUCGAACAUCGGGCCAUUCUAAAAAUCUCCGACCUUCUCAACAGUUGAGCUUGUCCUCAGGAAAAGCUGGCCAUACUGACGUGGUAGAAAUACCACGCAGCCUUCAAUCCGGCAAUCACCCGUCGAUCCGAUCCAUCUUCAAUCAAACUUCUCGCCGCAUCUCUGAAUUCACUUCUCGCCUCAAUGGUCCCAACCAUUCGUCGCAAGGUAGUCUUGCUUCAGGCCCAUCUCCGCCAGAGUGCAUGCCGCCUGCUCUCAGAUCCCCGGUGAUCGUUAUUGACUCCCAGCACAAUGGUACCCAACUCAAUCCAGAUGACCUUCCGCGCGUCAGUCUGGCGCCAUUACAGCGGACACCACAUCAUCACCAGGAAGAACUUCCGGAUAUCUCUCAGACCUCACCGCAUGCUGAUAAUCCUCAAGUUUCAAACAAGGUUAAGCGAAGUAAUGCUCGUGUCCACUCACCCAACUUUUACCAGUCUCUCAAGUCAAGAUGGAAACCGGACUCGCUACCUGCCCAAGACCUUUUUGCGAAUAUCUCCACAGUACCAUCGACAUCCAGGAAUUCAACAAAGACGUAUUCGAACUUUGACAAAAUGAAGCUCGAGCAUGAGAAUCAGGAUUUUCUCAGUGAAUCCCAAGCCGCCAAUACCUCUGAUGAUUUCCUCAAGGGCAGCUCAGAAGGGAAAGAUGCUGGAAGCUCAGCCCAUCCUGAUUCAGGUCUAACGGGCGAGCUCAGUUUACGGGCCGCCCAUGCCACUCCAGCAUCUAGAUUGCGUGCCUUUUCUACCUCGAGCCACAAAUCUGAUCUCGCAUCCAUUCCGCCUGUUCAACCGACAGAAAAGCAGCAGUCCCAAGCAGUGUCAGCCUCCGAAGACAACCCGCCCACCGUGGUGCCUUCUGAUGCGGAGCAUACUGCUGACGGGGUCAUGCCUACUGUAUCUACAGUCGGGUCCAACCAACGGAAUCCAUCGCCCGGUUUUGGUGGCGAAAAAUCGGCGGAGGGCAUCCCAACGACAUGCAGCAUUGAAGCCGACGUCCCUAGGAUACCUGUGCCACAACCCUUGCUUCAAGACAGUCGUGGAUUUGCGAGGCAGCACGCUUUCUCAGAACCUCCCAAAAGGCUUCUGCCAAAAUUGCCCCCAACGGCUACCAAACUAGCCAGGAAUGGAGCAGAAUGUGAGAAUCCGCAACUAAAGACACUGCUGAUGCCAUCUGCCGAGGAAUCGUCACCCAUACUCCAUGAUGGCCCUUCAAUGCUAAACGCAGCUCAACCCGGAGCUUCAACCCCGGAUCCAAAUGACGGCCUCCUGCAAUGUUCCGCAGUGUCUACUUCACGCCAAACCCCUAUCAAUCAAAUCAAGGCACCGACGACAGUGGUAGCCAAGCCAGAGUCAAUGACCAUUGCAGAAGGCUUACAUCACAAACACCACCUCAAUUUUGCUGCCCGGAGGUCAUCUAUAAGUAUGGUUCUUAAACGGCCCGAUUCGUUGGAUGCUUCCACCCCAAUCAUCUUUCAAGGAAUCUGGGAGAGGGAGUUGGAAGAAAAUGAACGCAAAUGGAAGCGGCUCGCGCGUAUGAGUAGCAGUCAGUCAUCCUCUCGCUACUCAACCGAAUCUUACUCCGAAAAGGACAACACAAAUCAGACGCACGGCGAACGAGCCCCCUUCAUCACUGGGGGAUCUCUGAGGCAUUCAUCGAGUAGAACUUCCCAGCAUCUUAUAAGACUCGGUCGAAAGUUAAGUCAAAACAAAGCAGACCAUCACACUAAAAGCCAAUCCCAAAGCGACGUAUUGGAUCAAGUGUGGGACUCCUUCAAGUGCGAGGCUGAACUGAGUCUCAGUGAUAUCAACUGUGAUAGGUCUAUCAUUGACGACUCUUCAAGUAGUCCCGGUUGCCCAAACGAUCUUCCAGGCCUGCAUGAAAUCACCUUCAACGACCAUUUCGAGCGCGCACAUGCUGCUGAAGAUUCCGAAAGCCUUGCCCGUCAAGAUUCUAAACCUAUUGGGUUGGGCUUGUUCCAUCCAUGUGACCCCCCGAUCGGGGCUACUUUUCCCAUUCAAGACGAAUACUCACCUAUCACUAAUGCCAAGCUGAAAAAACUUUCCCUAUUGUCCACUCGAGCUUCUUGGGGCACCUCAGACGGUUCACGAGAAAGGCGAAGGCGACCUGAAAGUAAAGCUACCGUUGACCUGCCUGACACAAAUUACUUUGAGCGCAAUCCAACGUCGCUAGAUCUGUCGCUCUUGGACGCUUUUCCUGCACCUCCCCGUAGUCAUCGAUCGAGCCAAUCUUCUUCAUCAUCGCAUUCAUUGAAGGCUCUCAAAUCGACUGACAUACCAAAAAAGAACCCAAGAGAUGGCGCUAAGACACCUACGGCCCAAGCCCCAGAAGCCACGAACGAGCGACGUUCUCCCGAGCGCAAGGUCGCUUCUUCUGUUCAACGUCAAAAAUCAACCGAGGAGAAUUCCCGGAAGAGUCCGAUAUCAUUCGUGCUCACCUCCUUCUCUAAUCGGCCACGUGCACAAACUUCGGUGCGCUCGCCCGUCCCGCCCCCUUUGAAUCUGAAUUCUGCCCCUUCAUCCAAUCCAAAUCAUCGGCGACGGACCAUGACCUCACAUAUGAGCAACCCCGGUAAUAGCGGGACCGAGACAAUACCACCUGUACCCUUCUUACAUGUUCCCAAUACUGCCCCCCUCGCCUCCACUACCGCUAUGUCGCAUGAUCGGGAUAAGGCUGCUGGGGGAGCUCUUUCUCCUGAUAUCACCCGGCCGAACUUGUCGAACGAAAUCAAGAGCUCUAAAAUUGGCACGGGUGGUCUGACUCCUAAGCGCCCCAGUCUUUUGAUCCGACCCAGUCUGCGAUCACCACAUCGAGCAGGGAUUCGGAUGGCCCCUUUCCGAAGCGGAGAAACAAGCCUGUCUCCGAAAUUACCUGCCGCCUAUUCUCCAGGUAUCUUGUCUCCUACCGUCCGACCUAUUCCUCAUUCGAUUCAGCAGACCACGAACGGGUUGAAUCAUUCGAUCGAGCAGGCUGGUUACUUUUCUUCCCCACACGCCUCAGUUGGUUCGUCUACGGGAACUGCAUCGACAAGCUCAACAGUGCCUUCACCGGCCACGCCCACCUCGUUGGGUAUGGCUUACAACAGUCGGAUUCCAUCUGUACCGAUGUAUCACGCCUCCAACUUCACUUCAGGCUUGAGAUCGCCCAUCAAAUCCACUCAUCCAGAUAAUCCAAGAUACGUGAUGAUCGACCAGACCCCUAAAUAUUCUGCGGGGGCGCGUGGACCCCCAGAGACCAUCAAAGCCACUCGUGUUUAUCGGCCCGAGCUGUUAAACUCUAGCCCCCUGGCCGAGUCGACCGAACAAGUCAGCUAUGGGAUGGCCCUAUAA